ACAAGCACAAAUGCAGCUGAAGACCUGUGGUAUUUAAACAGGAGCAGAGAGCAAAGCCUUCUCAAUCUUCCAAUCUCGUCAGAAACAACAGGAGCUAUUGCCCAGCCGCCCUGGGAAAUGCGUCUACGUUCAACUGGGUCACCGUUGUUACUUCAGAACCAUUGAAGAUUAAACGCUAUAGUUCCGAUCCCCUGCGAUCGCACAUUAUAAGGAAGUCACAUCAUAGCAGCGCCAUUCAAACCAAUGGGACCGGAAUCAUGUUAUAGCCAAUACAGGUAAACUUCUAAACAUCGUGGCUCCUCUCUUUCGCCUUGGGCCCCAAACAGCAGCUGCACUACAACCUUUCGCUUGUUGUUGGAAAUUAUCCGAAAUCCUGAGAGGAUAGAUUUCUGACCCAUAGAACCAUUGGGUUUCAUAUAAAUAGAGUCAGAAAGAAUUAAUUCUUUCACACAUUUUUGUUCUGUGUUAUAUCCAUCAACUGACUGCAUAAACUGAAAGAAUACAAACCACCAAAAUGGGCUUUAAAUGGCACGUUUUAGUUUGUUUCAUCACUGCUAUUUUAGUGGAACAAACCCAUGAGGGACUUAUUAAGAAAGUUAUUAGACAGAAGAGAGACAUUUUGCAGCCAAAAGAAGAAAAUAUCACUUUACCACUUGGAACACAGCCUAUAAACUUCAACCACGUCUACAACAUCAACGUUCCUCUUGGCUCCCUUUGUUCAGUGGACUUGGAAUCCCCUGAUGGCAUUGCAAGACCCAAAGCUGACUCCAGUGACCAACACAUAGAGCAGACAGUUGAUGGUGAAAAUCAAAUUGUCUUUACUCAUCGAAUCAACAUCCCACGUCAGGCCUGCGGCUGUGCGGCAGGGCCAGAUAUCCGUGACUUACUCAACAGGCUGGAGACAUUGGAAAAUCAUGUAUCCUUAUUACGUGAUCAGUGUGCUAAUGGAGGAUGCUGUGGAAAUGGUGCACAGCAAGGAAGAGGUCGUAUUGAUGUAAAACCUUUCUGUGGUGCACAUGGAAACUACAGUACAGAUAGCUGCGGCUGUUUAUGUAACCCAGGCUGGAAAGGAGAAAAUUGCACAGAACCUGACUGCCCAGAAAAUUGCAAUGAAAGAGGCACCUGCAUUAAUGGCAAAUGCUUGUGUGAAGAAGGUUUCACCGGUGAAGACUGUAGCAUCGAAGUAAUCUGCCCUAAUGACUGCAGUGAUCAAGGCAGGUGCAUAAAUGGAGUCUGUCAUUGCUUUAGUGGUUACACAGGAGAAGACUGUGGCCAGGAGUUGUGUCGAUUUGACUGUGGUGAAUAUGGAACCUGUAUUAACGGAGUUUGUGUUUGUGAUGAAGGUUAUACAGGUGAAGAUUGUAAAGUGAAGCUCUGCCCCAACAAUUGCAGCAAUCAAGGUAUUUGUAUUAAUGGACAGUGUUUAUGUGAUGAAGGUUUAACUGGGGAAGACUGUAGUGAACUAGCCUGUCUCAACAACUGCUAUAAUCGUGGCCGCUGUGUGGAUGGAGAGUGCAUCUGUGAUGAAGGUUUUACUGAUCAGGAUUGUUCAGAAAUUAUUUGCCCCCAUGAUUGUUAUGACCGUGGACGCUGUAUAGAAGGGGUAUGUUACUGCGACGAAGGCUUCACUGGUGAAGAUUGCGGGGAGCUUGUCUGUGUAAAUAACUGCAGCAACAAUGGUCUCUGCGUCAAUGGACAAUGUGUCUGCAAUGAAGGCUACACAGGAGAAGACUGUAGUGAAUGGGCUUGCCUGAACAACUGCCACAAUCGUGGAGUCUGUAUCGAUGGGGAGUGCAUCUGCAAUGAAGGUUUCACUGGUGAAGAUUGUGGUGAAGUGGCCUGUCCAAAUAAUUGUAACGAUCGUGGACACUGUGAUGAUGGACACUGUAUAUGUGAUGAAGGCUUCACAGGAGAAGACUGCAAUGAGCUCCUCUGUCCAAACAAUUGCAACAAUAAUGGUCAUUGUGUCAACGGAGAGUGCAUCUGUAACGAUGGCUACACUGGAGAUGACUGUGGCGAAUUAGCUUGUCCAAACAACUGCAACAACCGAGGGCGCUGUGUCAGCGGCCAAUGCAUCUGUGAGGAGAGCUAUUCCGGAGAAGACUGCAGUGAGCUGAUUUGCCCCAAUGACUGCUAUGACCGUGGGCAGUGUGUCAACGGCCAAUGCAUCUGCGACGAAGGUUUCGCUGGUGAAGACUGUGGUCAACUGGCCUGUCCAAACAACUGUAAUAACCGUGGCCGCUGUGUCAAUGGUCAAUGUGUCUGUGAUGCUGGUUUUACUGGUGAGGAAUGUGGUGAGAUGGCAUGUCUUAACAACUGUAAUAACCGUGGCCGCUGUGUCAAUGGUCAAUGUGUCUGCGACGAAGGUUUCGCUGGUGAAGACUGUGGUCAACUGGCCUGUCCAAACAACUGUAAUAACCGUGGCCGCUGUGUCAAUGGUCAAUGUGUCUGCGAUCCAAAUUACACUGGUCUAGAUUGUGGAGAUCUGGCCUGUCCUGCAAAUUGCAAUGAUCGUGGGAGUUGCGUGAAUGGUCUAUGUGUCUGCGAUGAAGGCUACAUUGAAGAAGAUUGCUCGGCUGUUUCUCCCCCCAGAAACCUAAAGGUUACUGAAGUGGAUCCUAAAACUGUGGACUUAGAGUGGUAUAAUGAAGUGCGAGUAAAUGAAUAUCUUAUCACCUACACUCCAACUACCCCUGGUGGUCUACAAUUGGAAAUAAGAGUACCUGGAGACCAAAUGUCAUCCACCAUCCAAGGGCUAGAGCCAGGACUUGAAUAUUUAAUCAACGUUUAUGCUAUCCUUAACAACCAGAAAAGCAUUCCUGUCAGUGCCAGGAUAGCAACACAUCUACCCACACCAGAUGGUCUAAGAUUCACGUCCAUUCGUGAGACCUCUGUAAAUGUGGAGUGGGAACCUUUGGACAUUGAGAUUGAUGGUUGGGAUGUCAUUUUCAAAGCUCCAAAAGAAGAAAAUGGAGAAAUUUCCACCAGCCUGAAACAGUCUCAGGUAUCAUUUGUACAGACUGGUCUGGCUCCAGGAGAGGAGUAUGAGGUUAGCCUUCAUGUUGUGAAAAAUAAUACCCGUGGCCCAGCAGCUAAACAAAGACUGACAACAAUGAUUGAUGCACCAAGCCAUGUAGAAGUGAACAAAGUCACAGACUCCACUGCUCACAUUACCUGGUUCAAGCCAGCUGCCCAAAUUGAAGGAAUUAGCCUGUCCUAUGGGAUUCCAAACAGUGAGAUGACAACUAUUGAACUUCCUGACACAGAGACAGCCUAUUCCAUAGCUGAGCUUCACCCAGAUACCGAAUAUGAAAUUUCUCUGGUUUCUAAACGAGGGAACAUGAGAAGUGUUCCGGCUGUCAAUACAUUCACCACAGACCUUGAUGCCCCCAAAAACCUCAGAAAUGAGUCUCAAACAGAUGACAGCAUCACCUUGGUGUGGGAGAAUACGAGAGCCACUGUCGAUAAUUACAAGGUUAAAUAUUCACCACUGGCAGGAGGAGAACACAAGGAAAUCACAGUCGAAAGGAGCAAUCAACCAACCACAAAAAUUAAGAUUCCUGAUCUACAGCCAGGUACUGAGUAUGGUUUUGGAGUUAGUGCCAUUAAAGACUAUCGGGAGAGUGCCCCUGCUACCAUUAAUGUAGCUACAGACUUGGAUAAUCCAAAAGACUUGAAAGUGAUGGAGACAACAGAGAACACAAUUACUCUGACAUGGAAACGGCCACUGGCAGCAAUAGACCAUUACUACAUCAUCUAUAUCUCUUCCACUGGUGAGAAGAAUGAGGAGAUUGUGGCAGCCGAUGCAGUCUCCUACAUUCUGACUGGGCUUGUCCCUGCAACUGAGUACACCAUUAUUGUUAUAGCACAACGAGGUAAACAGAAGAGCAGUGCUUCCACCACCAGUGCUUCUACAGGCCUUGAAGCACUGCGAGGUCUUAAAUUUUCUGAGAUAACUCCCACAACUACCUCAGUGGCUUGGGAAGCUCCUUUAGCUCCCGUUGACAUGUUUGUUGUGAACUAUAAUCCUAAAACCCAUGGAGAAACGCAGCAGGUUAUUGUGAAGGGAGACCAGACUACAGUUGCUCUCACUGAUCUGAAGCCUGCCACUGAGUAUGUGGUGACGCUUAUGGCUCUUCGAGGCACAGCAAGAACAGAGCCCUUGGUCGGAUCUGUCACUACAGCAAUGUUGGAGCCAGCAUUUACUGAUACUCUGGAGGAGGCUAUCACUCCUUCUCCAUUUGGAAGAAUAACGACUCCAGUUGUUUCCCUGAUAUUAGAAGCAUCUGUGCCUGAGUUUUCCGGGACUGGUGAUGGUGAACUCAGUAAUCUAACUGUUUCUGAUGUAACUUCGGAUGGUGUCAAACUUUCCUGGAUGGCAGAAGUAGGAUUCUAUGACUAUUUUAUCAUAAAGUAUAGAAGUGAGCUUGGAAACGAUGAUGAGACAGAAAUCUCCGUGACUGGUGAUGAUUUAGCUGCUGAACUAAGAGGCCUAAUGCCCUCCACUCCUUAUAAGAUAUCUCUUUAUGGAAUUGCUGGUGGUCAACGCUCAGAGCCGCUGAACAUUAUAGCUACCACAGAAUCCUUUGACAAUACCACCACACAUUCUCCAAUCUCAGGAGCUGCCAAGCCAGAGAAUCUUCUGGUAAAAAAUGUAACUUCCAACAGCCUCAAGAUAUCAUGGACAGCGCCAAGUGGACUCUUUGAUAGUUUUCUUUUAAUAAUAAAGGAUAUUAAUGGAUCAAGUGUCCCUUUGAAGAUUUCCCUACCAGGUGAUCAGCAUACCACUGAUGUAACAGGGCUGGUAGCUGGCACUGAGUAUGAGAUUGAUCUUUAUGGAGUAUUCCAAGGCCACCUCUCGCAACCAUUGAAAGAUAUUGCAAAAACAGAAUCUGAACUUGAAAACUUAAUGGUCUCGGAAGUUACCUCCGGCAGCUUCAAACUCUCUUGGACAGCUGAUGAGUCCUUUCAAAACUUUGUUAUAGAUGUUAAAGACUCUGAUGGAUUAUUCGAACCAUUAACAUACACAGUACCAGGUGAUCAGUAUUCCAUAGACAUCCCGCAUCUUCAUGCUGCUACUGACUAUGAGAUUUCCAUCUAUGGUAUAAGUCAUGGUCAGCAAACAAAGCCACUAUACACUGAAGCUCAAACAGAGGCAGAACCCGAAGUGGGCAACCUAGUGGUUUCAGGCAUUACCUCAAACAGCUUCAGCCUCUCUUGGACGGGAAAGGACAAGGCAUUUGAAAGCUUUGUCAUAGAACUUAUAGAUUCUGACAGGUUCACAGAGCCACUGGAAUACACAGCACCGGGCAACGUGCAAACCACCCAACUCUCCAACCUCAUAGCUGGCACUAAUUAUGUGAUUUAUUUCUAUGGAAUUGUCAAUGGCCGACGUACAAUUCCUGCAACUACUGUUGUAUUGACAGAAGAAGAAGCUGAACUUGAGAACCUAGUUGUUUCAGGUAUUACCUCAGAAGGCUUCACACUCUCUUGGACAGCAGAAGAAGAGGCAUUUGAUUAUUUUAUCAUAGAUGUUAGAGAUUUUGACAGCUCGCUUGAUCCAAUACAGCAAGUUCUAUCAGGGAAAACACGAACUGCUGACAUCUCAGGUCUAGUAGAAGGCACUGGAUACCAAAUUAAUGUUACUGGCGUAAUUCAAGGCUGGCACACACAACCUCUCACUGCUCUCACUACUACAGAGCAAAAACUCAAAAUGGAAAACUUAGUGGUUUCACACAUAAACGCUUACGGAUUCAAAAUCUCAUGGAACGCAACGGACGGGGCCUAUGAAAGUUUUGUUAUAGUGGUUAGAGAUUCUGGCAGGUUGUUGGAACCAAUGGAGCACAGAGUGCCAGGCGAUCAUCACUCCAUUAACAUCACUGGUCUGAUCACUGGGAUUGGUUAUGAUAUUAAUAUCUAUGGUGUAGUCAAUGACCAGCUCUCUAAGCCCCUAUUUACUAAGACGGCUACAGAAGCUGAGCCUGAAGUGGACAACUUAUCAGUUUCUGAUGUUACCUCAAAUAGCUUCAAACUCUCUUGGACAACAGAUGAGAAUGUCUUUGAUUACUUUAGCAUUAGCAUUGGGGAUUCGAGAAAGGAAACUGCACCCCGGGACUACAUCGUGUCAGGGGAACUCCGAACAACUAACAUCACGGACUUACCCGAUGGUACUGAGUAUGAGAUUUCCUUGGUUGGCAUUUCAGAGGGACGAUAUUCACAGCCAUUAAAUACCAUAGCAACCACAGCAUUAGGAGCUCCUAAAUUUCUGCAGUUUACAGAUGUCACCGACACUACAGUGACACUCUGGUGGGACGUUGAGAGCAGCUACAUCACCAGCUUCAAGAUUAUUUAUGUGCCAACUGAUGGAGGUCCAAGUAACACUGUGACAGUCGAUGGCGGGAAGACACAAACUAUACUGAGGAGGCUGACCCCAGCCACUGAAUAUGAAGUCAAAGUCAUUGCUGUUAGAGGGCUUGAUGAGAGUGAAGCAGUUUCCGGCACAGUGCGUACAGCCCUGGACAGUCCAUCAGAAUUGAGAGUUGUGAAAGUCAUGGAUUCUGAAGCCCUACUGACAUGGAAACCCACAAUUGCUGCAGUAGAUGAAUAUGUGCUCAACGCUCAUACUGAGGAUGCUUCAGCUCUUCAACAGACAGAAAGGGUUUCAGGGGACCAAGUGCAGACUACCCUCUCCUCUCUUUUCCCUGGUACCUUGUACACUGUGUGGAUCAGGGCUGUGAAAGGCAUUAUGGAAAGUUCUGCUGCAUCUACUACUUUUACAACCGCCAUUGAUCCACCCAGAGACCUGAGAGUUGGAGAAAUUACAGCAACCAAUGCCAUUGUUUCUUGGAAACCUCCACAAGCUAAGAUUGAAGGGUACAUUAUGACCGUGGAAUCUGAAGAUGGGAGACCACAGAGAAUUGAGUAUUUCAGAGCUACAGAUACCUCAUACAGCAUGAGUGAACUGGUUCCAUCAAUGACAUACAUUCUGAGACUCCAGGCCUACACAGGGUCAGAGAGAAGCAAUGUGAUAGAGACCAGCUUCAUAACAGUUGGCUCCUUGUAUCCAUUCCCCAAGGAUUGCUCCCAAACAUUGCUGAACGGUGAAGCCAGUUCUGGACUUUACACCAUCUUCUUGCGUGGAAAUCGUUCUCAGCCAUUGGAGGUGUACUGUGACAUGACCACUGAUGGAGGUGGUUGGAUGGUUUUUCAGAGACGCCAGAGUGGCAGAGUCGAUUUCUUCAGAAACUGGAAGAAUUACACAAAUGGAUUUGGCAACCCUUCAGAUGAAUUCUGGUUAGGGCUUGAAAACCUUCACAAGAUUACAUCACAGGGUCAUUACCAACUGCGUGUGGAUUUCCGAGAUGAAGGGGACUCUGCUUAUGCAGUUUAUGACAGGUUCCUUAUCUCUGAUGCCAAAAGUCGAUACAAGCUACAUAUUGGAAGGUACAACGGAACAGCAGGUGAUUCCCUGUCUUACCACCAAGGUCGGCCAUUCUCCACAAGGGACAGAGACAAUGAUGUGGCUGUGACAAACUGUGCUCUGUCUUACAAGGGAGCCUGGUGGUACAAGAACUGCCACAAAGUAAAUCUGAAUGGGCGAUAUGGAGCUGAAAGCCAUAGCCAGGGUGUUAACUGGUUUCAUUGGAAGGGUCAUGAGCAUUCGAUUGCAUUUGUUGAGAUGAAAUUGAGACCACACAACUUCAGAAACCCACAACAGAGAAAGAAGAGAGCACAGUAACAUCAUUAAAAACCAAAUCAGCCAUCAACAGUAAAGGUUCAUAAUGUACAAAAAUAUCACUAAUUUAGUUCACAAUUGAGUUACUGUGUAAUAUGAGCCGUGCUAGCAAAGUGUUCUCAUCUUACAUGGGUUUAGCUCCACUCAGUUUAAACACCAAAGAUAAUUUUGACAAUAAUUAACAUAGGUUGUUAUUGCUUUUAGGGUCAUAGCUUUACGUAUGUUGCUUGGAGGCUGGGGGUGGGCUUUAUAUGUACAUCAUUAUACCUACACAGACAUCAGAGUGUAUUAUUUGUGUUUUUGUUCAUCGUGUUGGAGAUAUAUUGCCAUGGCAACACACUGACCAGUUGAUAUUAGAAGGUUAAUGUACAGAAGCUUCGUGUUUAACCAUCAAAUGUAUAAGCAGACUGUUUAAAUGUGGGUGCAGAUUUUUUUUGUUAAGGUAGAGCACCAGAUUUGUGGUACUUUACUGAAAAGAAGGUAUUGUUUGAAAAAGCACAAAUUGGUUCUUGCCAUUGGUUCGCAAUUUCAGGUACCUUUACUUUAAACAAAAAUCAACCAAAUGUUGAUUUUGUUAAAGCAUAGAACAACAGUAAUGUAUAUACCCAAAACUAGGAGCCCUUAUUAAAGUCACAUUCACAAAGAUUCAUUUGCUCCGUAGAAUAGGACAAGAUUUUUUCAGUAAAUUAACAAUGACACACAUGUUUAAAAAGAGUACAUUAUUAAAUGUAAUUUUGAGUUAUUUUUCCUCGUGGGAAGUUAUGUCUGGAUUGUUUAGAAUAAUCACAACGCAUCUUCCGUUUAUAUAAAUGGCAUGAUUAUUGUGCUGAAAUAAAAGGAAAAAUAAUGAAAUACUUUUAAGGAAUUCUAUUUUCAACGCAAGUGUAAAAUGUAAUAUUUUUGUCUUUCAAAUGUCCACAACCAAAAAUUUUUUUCCUGGUUUAUAUAAUGUCCUAACUCUGGAAACAUAUGAUCACUAGGACCUAAGUUAUACUGUACCACUAAAACCAUAAUAUACAUUUGUAAAAUAAUGAGUGUUUCUCACCUGAAUAAUUUCAAUGUAUGUUUCUGUGUACUCCUAAUUAAAAUAAAGUAAUGGUGUUUUAACAAAUUUA